GCCUACGAAAUUAUGAAUUAAUGUAUUAAAAUGUUAUCGGUAAAUUUAGCGAUUUUCUGUUUCUGAUAGGAAAAUUUCCCUAAAUUUAUAAAUUUGAGAUUCGUUUUCCCUAAAAAUUAGCAUUUUUGGGGAGGUUUUUCCCUUUACCGAUGUAAAGUUAGCACAUAGUUCCCUCUUUCUAAAUUUUGAAGUGUUGGAAUUUUAUCUCGGCAGAUUUAAUUUUUGAGAGAUUUGAAGAUUUUAAAGUAAUUAGAUAUUUCACGACAUGACAUUCAGUUGAUUUGAAAGUCGAUGCUCUUCCCGUUUGAAUCGCAUUGACUUUUAAACCAACCAAAUGACACAAAGUAUCCGAUUAUCUCGAAGCCGAUGCGAAUCUUUGCCUCGGCAAACAGAGCCGAAAAUGCAUCCGUGACGACGAGGCUGACAGUCAGAUGUCUUAUGAGAAGGGAUCUUUCCAUAUUAAAAACAUUAUUAGACUUUAGGAUAAAAGUUAAUGUCAUGCUUAAAUUGUAUCAACGUAUUUAUAAUAGCAGUUUGAAACAUCAUUCCUUGUUGAAAAAUUACAUAAAAACUUUUGCAACUGUGUUGAAUGAUUCAGAAAAUAAAGAUGAAAGUCCAGAUCCCAUAAAUUUUGACACAUUUGGAACUUGGGAUAACAGAAUAGAUUUGCCACUUUUGCUACCUGAAAGUAUUAAACAUGGAAAGCCUAUACCUCAGAUCUCUGUAGAGAAUGCAGGAUGUGCAAGCAUCAUUGGACGCCGUACUACAAAUGAAGAUCGAUUUAGGGCUAAAGAAUUACUUCCUGACUUGUUAUAUUUUGCUGUUUUUGAUGGACAUGGUGGAGCAGAAUGCGCUGAUUUUUGCAGUAAAUAUAUGGAACAGCAUAUUUUGAAUGUAAUAAAACGUGGAGAACAGAACCUAGAAGUUGUUUUACAAACAGCAUUUUUUGAUGUAAAUAAUUCUUUUACCAAUUAUUUUAAAUGUUCAGAAGGAAAUGAGCAGUCGUCUGGAACAACAGCAACAGUAUGUCUUUUAAAGAAUAGUAUCGAAUUAGUGAUUGGACAUGUAGGUGAUAGUCGUGCUAUAUUAUGUCGCAAUGGAGAUAACAUGACACUUACAAUUAAUCAUGCAGCUGAUUUAAAAUCAGAAAGGGAAAGAAUUUUAAAAUCUGGAGGUUAUAUUACAUCAGAUAGCCUAGGUAGGAAUCUAGUAAAUGGCAGACUGGAUAUGACUCGUAGUCUCGGUGACAUUGAACUUGCACAGUAUGGUGUCAUAGCUCUUCCCGAUACAAGAUCUCUGCAGGUGAAACACGGAAAAGAUUCAUUUGUGAUACUCACAACUGAUGGAAUUAAUGUCGCAUUAAGUGAUCAAGAAAUUUGUGAUAGUGUUAAUAACUGUACAACGCCCGCCGAAGCUGCCAAUUUUAUCACAGACCAAGCCAUGCAAUUUGGAUCCCAGGAUAAUGCAACUGCAGUAAUUGUGCCAUUUGGUGCCUGGGGAAAAUUUCAGAAUUAUAGUGGCAUUAAAUAUAAUUUUGGUCGAACUCUCACCCAUAGCAGCAGAUAUUAGGUAAUAGUGCGAUUUAUUAACUCAGUCUGAAAAUGUAAGAUAAAUAUAAUAUCUUCCUCAAAAAUGUGUUUUAAAAUAAAUUAUGUAUAUUGUAAUUUCAUAAAUGGAUAAUUUUUGUAAUAUUGUUAUGAGAAAAAUGUUUGAAAUUAAAUUAAAUUUUAUAAAAUUAAUGUUUUUUUUUUAAUGCACUUUCUCAUUUUCUACACAAUGUUUUAAGAUAGAAGCUUUUCUGAAACUAUCCCUGUUAUUUUUUUUUAAUAAAAGUGACCUCUGAAAAUAAAAAAGUAUCUUAUGCUGAAGAUAUUUCAAAUUCAAAAUAUGAUUUUAAAAAAUACUUUAGAAAAAACUGUUGUAUGUCCUAAUUAGUGUUUGUAAUGGUACUUUCCAGUUAGCAUGGUGCCAGUCAAUUGAUGCAA